UCAACCGCGCGCAACGAGCCACCAGUGCAUCUGCUGUUGAUGCGCUCGCAGUCACACACUACAGGCUUUCCAUGUUUAACGUGAGCUUUAUAGAUUGACAUUUAAUGAGUAUGAAAUAACAAAACUGGUUAAAAUACUCAGGGGAAAAGCGGUGUUUUUCCUCCAGGUUUGAUUGUCCGGCUUUUCCUCCGUUUUUUUCUACGGACGUUUCUUCCUUCAUAUCUGAUCGCCCAUCAGUGGAAUGAUCUGGCUUUUAUCUUGUGUCGUUUCCACUUCAGCAUGGGAACUGCCGGGUCCAAAAGGAAGACUUUAAGGACCGAUGCAAUAUCUUCUGUGGCCGCAAAAGUUAGAAUGUGGUGAUCGAUGGUAUCAAAAGCAGCAGUAAGGUGUAGGAGCACGAGGACAGAUGCAGAGCCUCGGUCUGACGCCAUUAAAAGAGCAGCCAGAGCUUUCGGAGAUUACCUGUCUCACACACACCCUGAGAACCGCAACGGAUCAGAUCAGCUUCUAUCUAAUACCUUCAUUGGCCAAGACAAAGACUCCCCUGACGUCAGUCAUCUUCACAACAACAACCUACACCCUCAGAGCCACUGUGGGGCCAAGGCCAGCCAGGACCAGUCCCAGGCCCACAGUCUUCAGUCCCAGCUCAGCACACUGCAUCCCCACCACAGCAGUAUCCAGCCCAGUACCCUGCAGCCAAGCAGUCUGCAGCCCACAGGCCCCUCCAAGCACAGGCUCUCAGCAGGGCUCUCAGCGGAGCGGAGUUUCUCCUCCGAGGAGCAGCAGCCACCUCCCAGGUCCUCUGAGGGGAGCCUGACCAGCCUAAAACCAGCUGCCCAGCGGGUCUACACCAUCACCAGGGAGGGAGGCAUGCUAGGGGGGCGAGGCAGCGAGGAGAAUCUGGAGCUGGAGGUGCUGAAGCAGCCUCUGUCCCCUCCUCCCUCCUCCAACCAGACCUCCUUUUCCAACCAACAACCACCAGGCAUUAAACAUCACCGCGGCAACAUUAGCCAUGGCCCACAGGGCCACAGGCCCAAGUCCCAGCCCCUGCAGAGCUCAGGGAGUGCCCAUAACAUCCGGGACUGGGUGGUGAGGAGGGGGGGCUUGCGGGAGGACUGCACCCCAGACUGUGUCACCUGCAUCAGGGCCCCAUGUCCGAGCCAGCGCUCCCUGGAUCUGGAGACGUCCCCGCGAGAAGGAGGAAAACAGAGGAAGAAGCUAGAGAGGAUGUACAGCCAAGACCAAGGCAGAGACAGACGAGGCUCUGCUGAGGAGAGAGAGGACAACCCUAAUAGCUGGUUCCCCAAAGAGAACAUGUUCAGCUUCCAGACGGCUACCACAACAAUGCAGGCAAUAUCAAACUUCCGGAAGCACCUGAGAAUGGUGGGCAGCCGCAGAAUGAAGGCUCAGACAUAUGCUGACCGCCGAGCCAAGAGUUUCAACCGCUCCUGGAGUGACCCCAUCCCCAUGAAGCCUGACUCUCUCCAUGGCUCUAGAGACAGUGGGGACUUGCAGUCCUCCUCAGGGGCUCUAGAUGAAGGAUCACAGGAGGAUGCAGACUGGGAGGAGGAGAGAGAGAUGGAGAGAGCAGCCUGUGAGGGAGAGGACUUCAUCCCACCCAAAAUCAUGCUGAUAUCCUCCAAGGUCCCGAAGGCUGAAUAUGUUCCUAACAUCAUCCGUAGGGACGAUCCGUCCGUCAUCCCCAUCCUUUAUGAUCAUGAACAUGCCACAUUCGAUGACAUCAUUGAGGAGAUAGAGAAGAAGCUGACAGCCUAUAGGAAAGGCUGUAAGAUCUGGAACAUGCUCAUCUUCUGUCAGGGAGGUCCGGGGCAUCUGUACCUGCUCAAGAACAAAGUGGCCACAUUUGCCAAAGUGGAGAAGGAGGAGGAUAUGAUCCAGUUUUGGAAGAAGUUGAGUCAGUUUAUGAGCAAGCUGAAUCCUGAGCCCAACCUCAUUCAUAUAAUGGGCUGCUAUGUUCUGGGGAGCGCCAAUGGAGAAAAGCUAAUCCACAAUCUAAAGAGGCUAAUGAGGCCUCAUGCCAUAGAAUUCAAAUCCCCGCUAGAGCUGUCUGCACAGGGCAAGGAGAUGAUCGAGAUGUACUUUGACUUCCGUCUAUUCCGCCUGUGGAAAACCCGCCAGCACUCCAAGAUGCUUGAAUAUGAUGACCUUUUGUGACACUGCUCACCUCUGACCUUUGUCAGCCUAUUGGCUGUGUAUCUCAUCACCGAUAGCCUAUGGUGACGGCUUUCCUUGAGAGGUCCUGGACGGGAGCGCUCUGUUGAAGAGGUGGACGACAGGCUUCAGGUAGUUUUCUCACUGAAGAGGCUUCAAUCCUCUGCUCUCAGACCAAGUGCAGUAGCAAUUACUGUCAGGAGGUGAACUGUAUAUUUCCCACCAAUCCAUUUUCACUGUCUCAACCAAAUGCCUCUACUGACAGAGAACCGUGAGGGAGAGAAGGUAAAAGAGAGAAGUGAAGAGAUCAUCCUUUAGCCUCUGUGUCAAGAGACACAAAAUAGAGCUAGAUUUGGAUCUCGGGAGCCAAGCAAGUCUUCUUGAAAAUAGUCAUAGAGAGAGAUGCAGGUGCAGGGAAGAGAGAGGCUGUGAAAAGGGAGAAGAGAUGGUGAAAGAUUUUCUCCCUUACCUACAUGUCUGUUGUGUGAACUAGGAGGUACAUGGAUGAAAGCUUUUUUUCUUCAGAAAAGUACGUAGAUCUCCCUUAGGAUGGAAAUAUAUUUAUAAAGUGUGUUGGUUGUUUUCAGAGCUUUAGAGAAUAGAUUUCCAUGAUCUAUACAUCUACCACAAAUAGAAGAGAGAGUAUACCAAUAAUUCAAAGUAUCUAUACAUAACACAGCUUUUAUUUUUAACUACCUGUAUUGGUAUUUCUUACGGACUGUUUGAAUUGAAUAACUCAGGGUUACUGCUACCCCUCGUUUAUUACUUGGCAGCGGUUGUCACCUCGCCGUCAUGACAGAAUAGGACGGAGAUGUCUGUCAGCUAUUUCCGAUCCUCUCCACCCAGCCUCUAUGUCAACACAUAGAAUCUGAGAUUUUACAGUAGUUGUCAAGGAAACCAUUUAUGUCUGACUGUGCACAUGUUUGUGCGUGAACGAGGGAGGUUGUUUUAUAGAUACGAUUUUUCAUAGAAUAGGUCAAUUGUAGCUUAAGGGCUCAAUUUAAUCCGUAUCGCGCUACAGCGUGAUUUAAAUUUAAAGGCAAUGUUCCCGGGUUCGCAGAGACUGCAUUCACGGCACACGCUGCAUAUGUCAGCUCAAUCGGAAAUUACGUUUACUAUAGCGCUGAACUUCAGCGAUACGGAUUGAAUCGGGCCAUAAUACUCAUUACGCAUUCAUUAGUGACACUCUGAACUACAGACACAGGCUUUUCUUUCUUGUAGUUCACACCCAGGGACUGAUACCCUUAUGCUGUGACCCUUCUGUCUUACUCUGCAUUACAUUGUUAGCUAAACAUAACUGUUAUCAUGAGGUUUAUGGAAAGUGGACAAGACCUAGCCUAGAUGACUUGUGUCACACUGAUUUUGGUAAAAGUUAUUAUCAUUAUAUGUACGGUAUACUUACUCAUAUUUAACUUGUAUUGCUGCUUCAUUUACUCUCUGUCCUGCAUGUGUUUUAUUUCAAGCUUGUAUGAUGUAUUCCCGAGGCGCAAUAGCACAAACCAAAAUGACUGGAAUCAUAUCUACAGAUGUAGUAUCUUAAUUUGAUCACCCUGUAACAGGAAAUUAAAAACCUGUAGUGUAUUUGAGGUUUAAAAAGGCUUCCUAAAUCUGUCAUUUCCAUAUUGAAAAUUCAGACUUUAUUUUCCCUUACAAAAAAAAUGUAUCAAUCCCUACAAAAAAAAUCCAUUAAUUAUAAUCCACAUAAUAUUUAAAAUGUCCUGUUGCUCUAGGAUGUAUUUCCUGCUGUAGCAAACUGGUUUAAAGGAAUCCUACAUCUGUAAUACACUGCUCCCUUCCAGUGAAAAAAACACGUUGGUUCUGAUCAGAUACACAAAUUGGAUGGUGAUAACCCCUUCUCCUUCCUACCUGAAAACUUUGGCUGUGUCCCAAAUGGCACCCUAUUCUGAUAUCAAACCAACCUCUCAGUAUUAUUGUCAUCCACUUCCUGUGUAUUGUGCUAUUGAGUCUUAACUAAUGGGCUUCCUGUCCAGCCUAUGAUACAAAUCAGCAGUGAUACAGUACAUGUCAUAUACACACGCAGGCCAGUUCUGUGGAGCCUGUAAUGAUUACUUUCCAACCUUUGCCUGUGCUCAAGUGGCAGAAUAACACAAUUUAAGGAAUAUUUUCAAAUUUCCUCGUUAAACUGUUCCACCAGAGCAAAUAAGCUAAUGUGUUUGCUGCCCCUCGUGUGUGUGUGUGUGUGUGUGUGUGUGUGUGUGUGUGUGUGUGUGUGUGUGUGUGUGUGUGUGUGUGUGUGUGUGUGUGUGUGUGUGUGUGUGUGUGUGUGUGUGUGUGUGUGUGUGUGUGUGUGUGUGUGUGUGCGCAUGCAUGCUAACGUGUGAGUGUGUGUUUCUCAGAAACAUAGCGGGUUGUGGCACUGAGCUGUGGAUCCGUGUGGACAUGCUGAAUACGGAGAGAAAGACAAGAGAGAGGCCCUUUUCUUUAUAUUCCUUAACCACUUUUGCUUGUAUUCAUUAAUGAUGGUACAUAGUGUACACUUCUAAUAACUCUCUGUUCACCUUCCUAGAAUGAAGGAUGCACACCAUGUAUUUUACUCACUGGUGAAGUCGUUUUAACAUGGGGUAUUGUAUAUCUACUCACUUCUCUGUUUGAUGUGUACCUUUACAAAAAUGUUCAUUUGUGUUGUGUGACACACCAAGGAUACAACCCCUAUAUCCUGUAGCAAUAGACUUUUUAAUAUUUCCUAUACUGUUAUUAGAAAAUGUGUUUUUGCAUUGUUUUGGUCCCAACUGGACACUGUCCCUAAGGUACAGCAAUCUCCAACAUUACUCACUUUGAUAUUGAAGUAGAGAGAGUUACAGAGAGAGAGAGUGAGGCAGUGACAUAUACAGCGUAGCUUUACCUUAAACAAAUUUGAUAUGUGCGGUACAGUGCUAUAGUAGAUGAGCAUGUGUGUAUCUUGCUCAGCUGGCCUUCCCCUUCCUCCUCUCCUCAGAGUCUUCACUGGUACCUGUCUUUAAGGCAGACCCAGGGACAGAUUAGGUUUAAGAAUUACCAAUAAAUUAAUUGUAACUGUAUCAAAAGACAUCCAAUGGGAAAUAUUUGAUGCCUCUGUUUUAACACAAAUAGGAUUGUAAUGGGAAAUGGAAAUACAGUUAAUUGAGUACAAUGAAUGAAUUGAGAACAGUGAAACACAGUAAAUGAAGUCCGUUUUAAUGAAUCAUUGAUGUAUGGUUAUGCUUUAAGAUAUGGUUUAUAUAUAAUAUGUGGGAUGUGUCCCAAAUGGUAUAUGGACUUCAGGAAAGCUAAGAAGAGUACUUUACUGUAUGAAGGCUAUCACAAUCUCCUUUGUGAGUUGGCACACGAGAAGUGAUUUGUGAUGGUAGUUAAGAUGUCAGGCAUGGAUAGAUAUUAGAACGUUACAAUUGCAACAAAAGAGACAUGAAGAAGUUUUGUCUUUUUCAGAUGAGAGCUAGUGGGUUGUGUCCCAAAUGGCAACCUAUUCCCUAUUUAGUGCACUACUUUUGACCAGUAGGGAAUGCAGUCAGUGUAAUGUAUUAUACUGGAGCCAGACCCAGCAGCGCAUGCACUGACUGCUCAUCGUGGUUUGACUUCUCAUCCUGGCCAAUGAAACAGCCAUUCCCAUUUCUCCAAGGAGCAAUAUAAUUACACAAAUCAAGACAUCCGUCUUCAACGCCUCACAAGUUCUAUUAAUACAGAAUGAAACCUUCUGUCAUCACCAAUAAUAAAAUAAGACAUAUCCAUGAACUUACAUCCUAUUUUUAAUUGAUGAGUUUAUCCCACAUUGAUUCUGCUGCCACUUUAUCCAGAGAGAUUAUAUGCAUCCCAAAUAGCACAACAUUCCCCAUAUAGUGCAUUACUUUUGACCAGUGCCCUAUCAAAUAAAAUCAAAUCAAAUCGAAUCAAAUCAAAUGGGGAAAAGGGUGUGAUUUGGGACUCAGCAGUUGCUUGGUUCUCUGCUCUCUGCACUCUGCUCUGUGUUGGGGAAGCUGAUUUGACUUUUGAUGAUUGAUUGAUGGAACUCUGAUUGCUCUGACGCCUCAUGUUGGGAAGUGAUUGUAUUUUGGGAUGAGGGGGGCGCUCAACGAUCUCAUAUUGUCUGUCUUAUUGAACUUUCUUCAAAGUCAUGUAGGGGCCGGUGCAUUUUCAGUAGAUCUGUGUAGCAUCCUACAAUUCAAAGAGAGAUCUUAGCAGUGAUAACUAUUACUACUGUAAAUCUUUAGUCAGGUUGAAUCUCCAAAUGUCUUGAUAAAAUAAUUGUUUAAUAUGAUAAUUAUCAUAGUGAUAAUGAUUGAUCUCUCUGGGGAUUUUGAUACUAGGAUACUAAAGGAAAUACACUGGGUAGUGUACUUUUAGCCGUACAGUGCAUUCGGAAAAUAUUCAGACCUCUUGACUUUUUCCACAUGUUGUACAGCUUUAUUCUAAUUUAUAUAUAUAUUUAAAUAUAUAAAAUCAUUUAGCAGUCUAAUCACAAUACCCCAUAAUGACAAAUCAAAAGUAGGUUUUUAUAAUACAGAAAUACCUUAUUUACAUAAGUAUUCAGAACCUUUGCUCUGAGAGUCGAAAUUAAGCUCAGGUGCAUCCUGUUUCCAUUGAUCAUCCUUGAGAUGUUUCUACAACUUGAUUGGAGUCCACCUGUCUAAGGUCCCACAGUUGACAGUGCAUGUCAAAGCAAAACCCAUGCCACGAGGUCGAAGGGAUUGUCUGUAGAGCUCCAAGACAGGACUUUGUCGAGGCACAGAUCUGGCGAAGGGUACCAAAAAUAUCUGCAGCAUUGAAGGUCCCCAAGAACACAGUGGCCUCCAUGAUUCUUAAAUGGAAGAUGUUUGGAACCACCAAGACUCUUCCUAGAGCUGACCACCCACCCAAACUGAGCAUUCGGGGGAGAAGGGCCUUGGUCAGGGAGGUGACCAAGAACCCGAUGGUCACUCUGACAGAGCUCUAGAGUUCCCCUGUGGAGAUGGUUGUCCUUCUAGAAGGUUCUCCCAUCUCUGCAACACUCCACCAAUUAGGCCUUUAUGGUAGAAUGGCCAGAUGGAAGCCACUCCUCAGUAAAAGGCACAUGAUGGCCUGCUUGGAGUUUGCCAAAAGGCACCUAAAGAAUCUCAGACCAGGAGAAACAAGAUUCACUGGUCUGAUGAAAUAAAGAUUGAACUCUUUGGUCUGAAUGCCAAGCGUCACGUCUGGAGGACACCUGGCACCAUCCCUACGGUGAAGCAUGGUAGUGGCAGCUUAAUGUUUUUCAGCGACAGGGACUGUCAGGAUCAAGGCAAAGAUGAGAUCCUCGAUGAAAACCUGCUCCAGAGCGCUCAGGAUCUCCGAUUGGGGCGACAGUUCACCUUCCAACAGGACAAUGACCCUAAGCACACAGUCAAGACAAUGCAGGAGUGGCUUCAGAACAGGUCUUUGAAUGUCCUUGAGUGUUCCAGCCAGAGCCUGGACUUGAACCCGAUUGAGCAUCUCUGGAGAGACCUGAAAAUAGUUGUGCAGCAACGCUCCCCAUCCAAUCUGACAGAGCUUGAGAGGAUCUGCAGAGAAGAAUUGGAGAAACUUUCCAAAUACAGGUGUGCCAAGCUUGUAGCUUCAUACCCAAGAAGACUCGAUGCUUUAACCGCUGCCAAAGGUGCUUCAACAAAGUACUGAGUAAAGGGUCUAAAACAUAUGUAAAUAUGAUAUUUCAGUUUUUUAUUUCUAAUUAAAUAGAAAAAUGUCAAACAGUUUUUUCUUUGUCAUUAUGGGGAUUUGUGUGUACGUUGAUUAGAAAAACAACAACAAUUUAAUAAAUUUUAGAAUUAAGGCUGUAAUGUAACAAAAUGUGGAAAAAGUCAAGGGGUCUGACUACUUUUCCCGAAGGCACUGUAUAUCAUGAGAAUUUAGUAGAUGUUUUUUUCCUUGCUGUAACUGAACUAAUAUUACAAGCAGUACAGUAUGUUUCACAUUGUACAACAAUGGUACUAACCAGUAUAAAUGUUUUCAAAGUGUUUUUUCCUCCAGUAAAAAAAAUCUCUAAUUCUAA